GCUCUUCUUGUCACUUGUUUUAAAAAAAAUAGACGAAGAAGAACAACUUCCGUUUUGAGGCUCGCGCUGACAGGAAAUAAACAAAGCCAGACAACCUCAGAGGAGGGAAGAAAUACAGAGCUAAUGCUGCAAGUGACAUUAAUACCCGUGGUCAGGAUUGGGUGUGUGCAGCAGCAGCUGAGCACACAGUGAUCACCAUCAUGAUGACAACUAAGAGACUGGACAAUUUUGAGGUGGUGUGUGAGUGGGCUUCAUGCAACUUCAAGGGCCACACCAUGGAGGAGCUAAGCGAUCAUAUGUCACUGCAUUUAAAGGACUACCUUGGAGACAACGAUGCCUUAGAGGAGCUGGAUGAGUAUGCUUGUCUCUGGAAUGGAUGUGAAUUUCUGUCCAUGGGUAGCCCUGCAGAGCUAGAGGUCCAUGCUUACUUCCACAACUACCACGGUAAGCUCAAGUUCGUUGGGUCACAGCUGCUCAAGUCCCGUCCUGAUCUGCCCAGCUGCAACCAGGGCUUGCACAGCAACAACCUAGUUCCCGAAGGAUCAGAUGGAUACGUUUGUCAGUGGGAGCACUGUGAUAGUACAUUUAAUAAUCCUGAGUGGUUCUACCGACAUGUGGACAAUCAUGUUGAAAGUGCCGAGCCGCAGUCUCUCCCACAACAACAGCAGGCUCUCUUCUGCCCCUGGACAGGCUGCGAUGCUUUUUUCAAGAUCAGGUACCGUUUGAGAGAACACAUGCGGAGCCACACUCAGGAGAGACUUGUAGCCUGUCCUACAUGUGGCAGCAUGUUCUCCAGCAACACAAAGUUGUUUGACCACCUGCACAGGCAGGCCGAGCCAGUAGAGUCGCUGGUAUGUGAGCAUUGUGGCAAAGCUUUUUCCAGCGAGAGGCUUUUGAGGGAUCAUGUUCGUCAGCAUGUGAAUCAGGUGAAGUGUCCCUUCUGUGACAUGACCUGCACCACUUUGGCAGCUCUGAAGAUCCACAUCAGGUUCCGCCACUGUGAUGAGCGGCCCUUCCCAUGUGACUUCUGUGACAAGAGAUUUAAGAACCAGCGCGAUCUACAAAAGCACACAGAGGUUCACAAUGAGGGCACCGUGUAUCGCUGUACAGUGGAGGGUUGUGAUUAUUCUUGUCACACAUUUCAAACCAUGAGCCACCACUUCAAGAGAGCACACGAGGUCGGGGGGAUGUCCAAAUAUAAAUGCCAUAUCUGUGAUAAGGUUUUCUCCUGGUGUUAUACUCUCACACUUCACCUUCGCAAGAAGCAUGAGCUGAAAUGGCCGUCUGGACAUUCCCGCUUUAGAUACAGGAAGGAUGUAGACGGCUUCCUAAAAGUAAACAUGGUGCGGUUUGAGACUGUGGAGGUGACGAAGGAGAUCAUGAAGAACAUGGCCAAAAAGCCGCAGAGCCUCCGGAAAAGUCCGAGAACCAGCAGCCGGAACAAGAGGGCUGCAGUCACACCAGAGAGCGGCCGAAGCUCUCCUGCAGGAUCCUCCUCGCCCUCCUCCAGCUCCUCCUCUUCGUACUCCUCGGAGCUCUCUGGAGGUGAAGACGUUUCGUCUCAGCCCAGCCCCAGAGGCAGUGACUCUCCUGUCUACUGUGUCAUGAGCACCAUCCCUCACAUUGAGGAGGAGCCUGGGGGAUUAUCUCAGGAGGACUGCGAUGGUAGCGGGACAUCUGGAGCAGUCCAGGCCCUGACGGAGGUUGCGAGGGGCCUGGGCAUGGACGUGGUGUGAUUCCUCUGUGCUGCACUGCACCUCGCAUCCAUUGUAGGCUCUCUUGUAGCUGUUAUGGAUUUAAAUUGGUUUGCCUCUGGUAGUAUAUUUUGUUGUGGAGGUGUCAGUGGAGACAUCACUGGAACUGUUUUUUCUGGCCAAAUCUUUCUCAUGGUCUGCAGUGUUUUUAGAGUGGUGUUAAAUUGAGAUGGUUAUCUCUACACUGGUUCUGGAGACCACGCUUUCAUCAUAGCAGCUCUAAUGCCUCAGCUUAGCUUUGUGACAUGUUCUGUUAAUGAGAUCGCCUGUUAAACAUAGGUUAAUGUUUCUGACAAAGCUUACGUGAAUGACUUAAAGGUCCAGUGUGUAGGAUUUAGUGGCAUCUAGCGAUGAAAUUGCAGUGUGCAACCAUUUGAAUACCGCUCACAUCACCCUCCACUUCCAAGCGUGUAGGAGAAACUACGGUGGCUGAAAACUCGUGAAAAACGCGAACGCCCCUAUCUAGAGCCAGUGAUUGGUUUGUCCGUUCUGGGCUACUGUAGAAACAUGGCGGUACAACAUGGCGGCCUCUGUGGAAGGAGAUUUCAGGAGAUUCUACAACAAUGAAAACAUACUUUUAAAUUUUAUAUUACAUUUCUGCCAUUAGCUCCUCCUAAAUGUUACACACUGGACUUUUAAAAGCACUACAAAGCCAGCUCUAUGAAAUGUUGAUCUUUACACACCAUGUAUUUUCUGUGAUAUUUCCAUGAUGUUGCCUGACGAAGGAUUUCAGAAGACAUUAUUUUUUAUUGUAGCCUUGGUAUGUCGCUUAAUUUUAUUGUUACAAAUUUUAAAUACAUUUUUGAUACAAAAGUAA